GAUUUGCAAAAAGAAAGCUAAUGCUGCUUUCAUGGAUCAACUGCAACCUCACAUCAAAAUAUCAGACUGGUAUGCACCAUGUCAAGACUGUGGUUCUGAGUAUAACAUCAGUGUAGAAUUGCUUGAUGAGGAAAUGAAACACAUCAUUAACUUUCAGCCAGACGUAGUUGUCUUUGAAUGGCCGAACAAAGAGCCAUGGUGUCAAACGACUCAUGUCUUCAAGGAUUAUGGACCUGGUGACCCACUCAUGGAGGGAAGGAAACUCGUUUUUGGGCAGGUCAUUAUGGAAUAA